AAAGAAAGGAGAAAUAAGUGUUUCUAAUUUUGAUUUUGAUGCGCGUGGAUGUACGAGGUUGUCAUUUUCUGCAUAUAAUUAGUACCAACCAGAUACCAACAAACAAAACCGAAACCAUGUACUGAAAACGGAGUGUGUAUUUUUUAAGGAACAACCAAAAACACAAACAACACUGAGAAAAACACAGAAAAAAGAAACGAAAGAGAAAGUGAUGACAAUGAUGAGUUUGAGUUGGAGUUUGGUUUCAAUUGCAAACAAAAAACAACAACAACUCAGAAGAUUCAAGAUAACAAUUCAUCGUCUUUUCGGAUUUGCAUUUCUAUGUUCUAUCUCUUUCUUUCUCUUUUCUCCCAAAAUUCCACGCUCUCCCAAUUACCACCAAUUUGCUGACAUGCGCAAUCUUCUUGGAGUCCCUAACACAUUGAAUGUGAUCACAAAUUUUCCAUUUUUAGUUGUGGGUGUUCUUGGAUUGAUUCUUGCUCUUGAAGGAGGGUUUUUUACUAUAAGUUCUCAAGCAGAGAUAUCGACUUGGAUACUAUUCUAUGCUGGAAUUUUAGGGGUGGCUUUUGGUUCUGUUUAUUACCAUAUGAAGCCUGAUAACAAUAGGGUCUUAUGGGACACUUUGCCGAUGAUGGUGGCAUAUUCCUCACUUUUCUCUAGUUUGGUUGUUGAGAGAAUUGGCCAGCGGAUUGGGUUGGGUUGUAUGUGUGCCCUCCUUUUUGCAGCCUUUACUUGUAUAGUUUAUGAAAGAAUUUAUGAUGAUAUUCGACUCUGCUUGAUGUUCCAGUUAAUUCUUCCUUUAGCUAUUGCUGCAGUAGCGUAUAUGUAUCCCUCCAAUUAUACUCACUCGACAUAUUGGUUUUCAUCGAUAGGUAUUUAUCUGCUAGCAAAACUUGAAGCUGUUUCUGAUAAGAAACUCUACCGCGCAAAUAACUACGUUAUCAGCGGGCACUCUUUGGAACACGUGUGCUUAGCGCUUAUCCCAUUUUUACUUAGUGUUAUGCUCAUCUGCAGGGAACGCAAAUUCAAAAGGUAUUUGAUGAUGAUUAGGAGAUCUUAAAGAUCAACUUUGAAGACAAGAACUGAGAUUGACAAAGGUGUUGAUGUUAUGUACAAUUUCUCUCGAAUACCAGAUAUGUUGCAGUAAAAUCAACGAUGAAUGGAAACAACAUUCAAUGAUUUUAUGAGUGAUUUUAGAUGGUCCACAAAGGUGAUGGCAUUCUGUUCCAUCAUAACUUGUAGAACUGACAAAUUUAGCUGUAUAUUAGAGUCACACCAAUAAGCAUGUUGAGGAUGAUACUAGGAAAAAAGACAAGCCAGAAUUCUUAAUUAAGUUGUUUUCCUACGUAUUUGAUCAUUGCUAAUGUGAAUCUUGGAACUAAGUUGUCCAUAAACAGAAUAUAGUUUCUCCAACACAAGUCAUUGAAAGUUUUUGUAUCUACUA